CCGCCGCCGCCGCUGCUGCUGGAGAGAAGCAUGUCUGCAACUCGAGCCAAGAAAGUGAAGAUGGCCACCAAAUCGUGCCCCGAGUGCGACCAACAGGUUCCUGUUGCAUGUAAAUCUUGUCCCUGUGGUUAUGUAUUUAUUAAUAGGAAACUUCUAAAAGUAAAACACUCAGAGAAAUCAUCACCUUUUACAGAAGUGAACAGUACCGUAUCUUUGAAAGCUUUGAGAAUACUAUUUGUAUAUGAAUUUAAACUAGGACAUAGUGCAGCCACAGCAAGUAGAAACAUCAAUUCUGUCUUUGGAAAAGGCUCUGUUAGUGAAAGGACUAUCCGGUGGUGGUUUGAAAAGUUUCGUUCUGGGGAUCUGAGUCUGAAAAACGAGCCUCGAGGGAGACCCAAAUCUGUUUUAAAUGAAGAUCAGUUGAGAGCCAUGGUGGAAGCUAACCCCAAAACAGCAAUUCGAGGCCUUGCAGCAGACUUAGGGGUUUCUGCUACAACAAUUUCUCGACACCUGGCUGCAAUAGGAAAGGUGGAAAAAGUUGGACAAGUGGGUAGGUAACACCAACUGAUGGAUAAUCAUAAACUGAGAUGUUUAGAGAUGUGCUUAUAUACCUGAAGAUUUGAAAGAGCAGAGACCUAUUUUGGAGAAUAUCAUAAGCUUUGACAAAAAAUGAAAGUGGUCUGGACAAUGGUUGGAUGUUGAAGAAGUUCCCAAAUGUGUUAAAACCAUCAUUGCAACCAAAAAGAAGGUUCUGGUAACUGUAUGGUGGUCUGCAAAGAGAGUAUUUCAUUACUUUUAACUCAGGCAAAACUAACAGUAGCAUCUUAUUGUCAAGAAGCUGAAAUUAUGUAUCAAAAAUGGAUCUAAAAGCACUCUGCAUUGGUUAGCAGACAUGGAUGGACAUAUGCUUUUCCAUGACAUUUGGUCACUGAAACCCCAGACCACCAUAGGGAAUGACUGCAUUGGGCCAAGAACUUUUGCCAUAUCCAUCACACUCAUCUGACCUUUUUUCAACAGAUUACCACUCUGUCAUCAUUUGGAACUUUAAGAAACAGAACAUUCUCUGAUAGAGAACAGUAAUUGAAGGAUUUGAAUAAAUUUUAACAAUGCUGAAUUUUAUAAAUAUAUAGUAUUUGGAGAAAUUUAUCAUUGGGGGAAAGCAGUUAAUGCUAACUGCAUAUUUUGGUUGAAUAAAACUUUUCCUGAAAAAUACAA